AUGUCUAACGGAAAGACUUUCACCCUCAGCAACGGCGUCAAAAUCCCCGCCGUUGGCUUCGGCACCUUUGCCAACGAGGGCGCCAAGGGCGAGACCUACAAGGCCGUCCAGUGCGCCCUCAAGACCGGCUACCGUCACCUCGAUUGCGCCUGGUUCUACCUGAACGAGGACGAGGUCGGCGAUGCCCUCCACGACUUCCUCCGCGAGAACCCCUCCGUCAAGCGCGAGGACAUCUUCGUCUGCACCAAGGUCUGGAACCACCUGCACCGCUACGACGAUGUUCUGUGGUCGAUGGAGAGCUCCCUCAAGAAGCUCAAGCUCGACUACGUCGACCUCUUCCUCGUCCACUGGCCCAUUGCCGCCGAAAAGGAAAGCCAGGAGAAGCCUCUGAUUGGACCCGACGGAAAGUACGUCAUCCUCAAAGAUCUCACCGAAAACCACGAGCCCACCUGGCGCGCCAUGGAGAAGAUCUACGAGGACAAGAAGGCGCGCGCCAUCGGCGUGUCCAACUGGACCAUCCCCCAGCUGGAGAAGAUGCUGCAGUUCGCCAAGGUCAAGCCGCACCUCAACCAGAUCGAGAUUCACCCCUUCCUGCCCAACACCGAGCUGGUCAACUGGUGCUUCGCCCACGACAUCAUGCCCGAGGCCUACUCGCCGCUCGGCUCGCAGAACCAGGUGCCCACCACCGGCGAGCGCGUCAGCGAGAACGCCACGCUCAACGAGAUCGCCUCCAAGCGCGGCAACACCCUGGCCCAGGUGCUGAUCGCCUGGGGCAUCCGUCGCGGCUACGUCGUGCUCCCCAAGAGCUCCAACCCGGCGCGCAUCGAGUCCAACUUUAAGAGCAUCGAGCUGUCGGACGAGGACUUUGAGGCGGUCAACAAGGUGGCUGAGGGCCGGCACUUCCGCUUCGUCAACAUGAAGGAUACUUUUGGCUAUGAUGUGUGGCCGGAGGAGUCGGCCAAGCAGAUGUCUGCUUAA